AUGAGUAUAACAGAUAUUAAUCAAAGGAUUAUAAAGUUACAUUGUGUAUCACAACAGUAUGGUUGGGGAAACUAUGGUCUCAAGAGUACAGUGGCACAGUUGUUGGCAGGUGAUUCACAAUGCGCACAUACAAUAGAUGAGAGUACUCCUUAUGCUGAGUUGUGGAUGGGUGCACAUCCUGCUGCACCUUCGAUGGUGGAUGAUCUGAGCACACCAGGCAAGCUUGUUACACUUGAACAGUACAUUGAUGCAAAUGAUGCCAAGCUAAUGUUGGGCAAUGAUGUCGUAGAACGCUUUGGUACCAAGUUCCCAUUCCUCUUCAAGGUCUUAUCCAUUCGCACUGCACUCUCCAUUCAAGCACAUCCAGACUCACAACUAGCAAAGCAGUUGUUCAAAGAACAACCUGACAUCUACAAGGAUUCAUUCCACAAGCCUGAGAUCGCCAUUGCAUUGACACCAUUCAAGGCACUCUGCGGCUUUAGACCAUUACAAGACAUUGUUGACUUUGUCGAUACCAAGGUACCUGAGCUCAAGGCUACCAUCUAUGCUUCACCAAUCCAUACUACAACAUCAUUGGAUCAUACUCAGUGCGCACAAUAUCUUCAACAUACUGUAAAGGCACUGUUGAAGGCAACGCCAGAGGAAGUGGCAAACAAUCUAAAGACAUUGGUCAACAGAAUCAAGUCUCAAUCAUCACGAUCAGAGUUGGAUGAGCUGGUGCUCACUCUACACGCACAGUAUCCAGGCGAUGUUGGAGUGUUCUUUGCAUACCUGCUCAACUACAUUCAGAUGAAGGAGGGCGAGGCUUUGUUCUUGCCAGCUGGCGAGCCACACGCCUACGUCGCCGGAGACUGUGUUGAGUGCAUGGCACCAAGCGACAAUGUUGUACGCGCUGGACUAACGCCAAAGCUGAAGGAUGUCAACACGUUGGCCAAGAUGUUGACGUACACCACCGGUGUGCCACCUUUUGUCGCACCGAUCCAGACAUCGGCGCACUCUGUUGUGUACCGACCACCCGUCGAUGAGUUUGAGGUGGAGAGGAUCGACCUGGUCGGUCAGCAGCACGAGGUCAGUGCACGAGCAGUACCCUCAAUCCUACUCGUUCUCAAUGGCAGUGCAUCUCUAUCAUCAGCCCACAACGACAACAACUUUGGAUCACUCAACAAGGGAACUGUUUUGUUCAUUCCAGCCAAUAUACCAUUCAAUCUUCAGGCCGUCUCCAAAGAGCAGCAACAAGCAACAGUAGUAUACAUCGCCAGAGUUAGCGAGAGA